AUGGAGCAACCUGACAGCCAUCAGGACGUCUACCUUUCCAAAGCGUGCUCUCGCAUCAUCUCAGCGUCCUUACCGGACCCAUCCCCAUUCCCUGACCUCAUGCAACUCAUGUAUUUCACCCUGAAAAGGGACAUUGGCGUCAUUCACAAUGCCAAAUCGGGGCCUUCCACAGCCUACACUGAAUCACUGCCAGUGUCGAACUCACUGCCGCUCAAGUCAGAGUUGGACGAACUGCCACUGCCCGCUCCAGUGUUCCAACUCCGCGUGGAGUGA